AUGUUCGCGGGACGGCGUAUCGGAUUGUUUCGGAUUUUGGUACUCAUUGUGGUACUUGCUGGUUCCGCGUUGCUUUUGCAUAGAUUGGAAUACAUCGACCAUGAGAUGGUCACUGACUCUAUCAGGCAAUUUGGAUACAAGAACGCUGAAGACAAGAUAAAGAUGCCAGCCGGUGUCCGGAACACUCAAGAUGGCUUGAAGAUUGAGUACGUCGAGGUUGCUGACAGACAGGGUACUCCUCAGGAGAUCGCUCACAUCAACUUCCAGAGAUGGAAGAACGUGCAACAAAAGAAAAUUCACGAACCGAAGGAUUUCAACAUCGAAAAAAUUCGGCCCCCCGCGGAUCCGGCCACCUAUGACCGUGAGCUGGCUUCCAUCGUUUCUCUUGUCAGGAACAGAGAGAUGCAUGCACUCGAGAGUUCUAUGAGGGAGUUCGAGGAAAAGUUCAACAGCAAGUUUCUAUAUCCGUACACCUUUCUCAAUGAGCAGCCGUUUUCUCAAAAGUUCAAGGAGAAGAUGCGUUCGCUCACAAAGGCAGAGGUGAAUUUCGUCCAUAUCCCAAAUGAAGUGUGGAGGAAGCCUUUCGACAUCGACACUCUCAAAGAGAAGGAGGGCAUUCAGUCUCUUCUCGAUGAUGGCGUUGGGUACUCAGAUAUGGAAUCCUACCAUAACAUGUGCCGUUUCUAUUCAGGUGCCUUUUACAAAUUGCCCGAGCUACAGAAGUAUAGAUACUACAUGCGGAUGGAGCCAGAUGUGAAAUUCUUCACUGAUAUCAACUACGACAUAUUCAAGUAUUUGUCUGGGACUGGAAAGGUGUAUGGCUUCACCGUUGCCUUGUAUGAUAGUCCCCAGAGUGUUCGCACUCUAUUCCCAGAAACAAUUAAGUUCCUCAAUGAAGGCAACAACUCGGAGUAUUUACACCCACGCGGUGCAUUCCAAUUUACUACAGAAAGUAGACAGCAUCCAGAAAUCCAUAAAAUUACUGGUGGCUACUCCACUUGUCACUUCUGGAGUAACUUUGAGAUUGCAGAUAUGGAUUUCUUCCGUGGUGAAGCUUACAGUAAGUACUUCGAGUAUUUGGACUCAACGGGCAAAUUCUAUUAUGAGAGGUGGGGCGAUGCUCCUGUUCACUCUCUCGGGUUGAGUUUGUUUGCUGACAAACUGAAAAUCCAUUGGUUUCAAGAUAUCGGGUACUUCCAUUUCCCAUAUUAUAACUGUCCGAACAAUGAGCAAACGAAGGGUUGCAACAAUGGACAAUUCGAUGAAUUUAAUGACCUCGCCAAUCAAAAUUGCAUGGGAACAUGGCUUCAUUUUGAGACAGGUGUUAAAGAUGUAUAUUAG